AUGUCCGCGAGUAAAGAAGUCGUGUUUCCAAACAUUCUCUGGGCGCAGCGAUCGGAGCACGUUUUUGUGUCUAUCCCGCUGCAGGACGCUGCCAACGUCGCUGUGGAGAUUCGCAGUGGGCGGCGGCUGCAUUUUUCCGCCACCGCCGGUGGGCAGGAUUACGGCUGCGUCUUGGAACUGUUUCGUGAAAUAUCCUCAGAGGAGAGCAGUCACGUGACACUUCCGCGGCAGAUUGAGCUGAAACUGAAGAAGAAGUGGCCCAACGACGCCAGUGACGAGAAGGAAGUGGCACUAUGUCGCGCCUGGCCGCGACUGACAAAGGAAAAAACGAAAAAUUGCCACAUCCAGGUGGACUGGUCACGCUGGAAGGACGAUGACGCAGAUAGCGAAAACGAUGGUGGUCUGGGCUUUGACUAUGGCAAUAUGAUGUCGGAAAUGAUGUUACAGAAGGGGCUUGAGAAGAAAGAGCCGACACCUUUCUCGAGCGCAUUGGAAGGAAAGGGCGAAAACGACAACGAGAAAAAGAACGAUGUCAUGGGAACUGGGAAUAAUGACGAUGAUUACGAAGAUCUUCCUCCUUUAGAGGAGUAA